UAAUGAAUCCAGAAACAGACUAAUUGAACUACGAAUUAGAAACUCCAUAGAUUCCUUAUAAUUAUGAUGUUGAUGGUCGAUUCUAUUUACCUAUAUCAAAUCAAAUCUAUUAGAAAUGCUAUAGUCAGUACACUUACCAUCCACCCACCUUUUUACUUAUGCCCCAAUAACAAAUCUAUUAACCAUGUCCUUAAGUGAAGAAGCAAAAGAAGAAGAAGGUUAAUAAUAAAGAAGUUGAAGUACUAAGAGCAAGAAUUAUGGAACUGGAAAUGAGAUAACCUGAAGUAAAAAUAGUAAAGGAAGUUGUGACAGACACUGAAUAAGUUUAAAAUAUUACAAUGAUUAUAUAGAUAACUAAAUUAGAAAAGGAGUUACGUAUGGUCAAAAUGCAAUUAGAACAUGAACAUGAGAACAGUGCAUAAAAGGAUAGGACUAUUUCUGACCUCAGAGCUCAAAUAUAAAAAAAUGAUUUGUCCAGGAGCUCAAGCUUGGUUUAAUUAUAAACCACACUUGUUGAAAGAGAAGUAUUAAAAUAAUCAUUUAUUUAUAGAGAUAAAUAACAAAGUAGGAUGGCAUCAUUUCUUAAUUAUAAGCUGAAAUUAAUCAACUUAGAGGAGAAUUAGAAGAUGCUCAUCAUCAUAUUGAUGAAUUAUAGACUACACAUGAAGAAGUAACUGUUGAAAAAAUGACAUAUCUUUCUAAAGUAUUUAUUGAUAUAUAUUGUAAAAAUUAGGAAGUAGAAACCUGGAAAUCAAAAUUCAUUAUUCUUAAUAGAGAGUAUCAUGAAACAUAAGAAAAACUUAUGUUGACUGAAGCUGAAUUAGAAUCUAUCAAGAAGGGAGAAGUUAAAGAAGUUAAAGUAAUCUAGAAAUUUUAUUUAGCAAAUUGUUGUAGAAAGGAAAGAUAAUAUAGGAAGAACUGUGGAUUAUAAAUAAUCUGAAUAAGUUUAAGUUAGAAAGAGUGGCUUUUUAUCGACAUUAUAAUGAA